CCCCCUUUCCCGGACUUUGCCUAUUCUUUUUACUUUUAUUUUCUGAUUCUACAUUUUAAUGGCUUUGUGGUUCGCUCGAGGUAAUACGAGGCAUCUCAUCUGCCAGGCGCUGGAAAGGAAGGGAAGGGAAAGAAGGGUUGAGAGGGCAUGACCCCCUCCUUAUGCCUUGAUGUGCAUAUAGUAGAGGGCAGGAAGACGGUUAAUGAGGUCCUUUUUCGCUUGGGCCUCGUCUCGUUUAGCUUUCAGAAGAUACCCGUCUUCGCGGAUGACGAUCUUUUUGCAGUGUCUUGUUCGCCCGUUGGUAGGUUUCUUUGGCAUGUUCUUGGUCGACUAACUGAUGUGGUUGUUCUAUGUGAAAGAGACUGCGAUCUAUACCAUUCCAAUUCUAUGUUGAACGCCCUUGACCGAAACCGUCUAGUCUAUCAUUUUUUUUUUCUUUUUUUUCUUUUCUUCUGUCUUCUUCCCCCCCCCCCUUUUAACUCGAAUCAAGAGAUGUCGCAACUCCCUGCGUCUUAUACGGACGAUUCGCGACCCUCUCCGCCGUCUCUGCCAGACAUUCGAGAGUCAGGCAGCAGGGGAUUUUCCAAGUGCCUUUCAAAUUGAUGAAAGCAAAAAGCAUAUGCCAGUUGAUUCAACGUCUUAUUCCAUCAUGGUCAAGCUCGACCAGUUCCUCGUGCACACAUGGGCAGAGCGAAUACUGCGAAGCAAUCAAGCGGGGCAAGCCGACGACCAGAUCCGACGACACC